CAACAAUGGCUGCUCAUAACAGAAAAGAUAGCUGGUAGGUUGUAUCAACACAUGUGUUUAAAAAUUAUUAAAAUAAAAAUUGAAUAAUUUUAACAAUGGAAAAACAUAUGAAGCAUCUACAGCAAGAUAAUACAAAUUCAGUAUUAAUAGGCAUACUAACGGCAGUUUUGGCCAUCGUAAUAACUUUAGUACUAUAUGCUAUAUGGCGUAAAAGAAGAUCUGUUGGUCAGAAUAUUAUAUUGACUGGACUUAGUGAUGCUGGAAAAACGUUGAUAUAUGCACGUUUGCUUUGUUCCAAAUUCAUUCUAACUCAUACAUCUGUUAAGGAAAAUAUAGGAGAUAUAAAUAUCAAUAAUAAUACUUUAAAGAUCGUGGAUAUACCUGGAGAUGAACGUUUACGUUACAAAUUUUUUGAUAAAUAUAAAAUAUCUGCGAAAGGAAUUGUUUUUGUCAUUGAUUCUGUUACGUUUCAAAAAAAUAUUAGGGAUGUGGCAGAGUAUUUAUACAACUUAUUGUCAGAUAUAGAUGGACACAAAAAAUUGCCAAUAUUAAUAUUAUGCAAUAAACAAGAUCAAACAAUGGCUAAAGGUUGUAUUGUGAUAAAAUCAUUAUUAGAAAAAGAAUUAAAUCUUUUAAGAUUAACUAAAACUAAUCAACUGGAAGCUACGGAUGCGACAUCCUCAAAUGUCUUUCUUGGAAAAUCUAACAAAGAUUUUGAAUUCAAUCAUCUCAAUUCAAAAGUAGAAUUUGCAGAAUCAAGUGCCUUUAUCAAAGAUCCUGAAACCCCUGCUCAAAUGGAAGCAUUGGAUGCAUGGUUACAAAAUGUUAUGUGAAUAUCCUAUGUAUACAUCUUUUUUUAAUAUAUAAAUUAUUUGUUUGUAA